CGCAUCCUCAGCGCAUCUAUGCUUUUCGGAAUCACGUCGCCGACAUACAAGCGAGCCAUCGAGACUCACAUGCGUCAGGCUCAGCGAUGGGGCUACGCCACUGAAAUACUACAAAGAGAUGAAGGUUGUGGCUUCUGGACCAAAUUGAUCUUCUUGCUCAACCUUGUUGGUCAGGAGAUGCAAAAGCCUGCCGAUACAAGAGCAGAGUGGAUAAUGUGGGCUGAUGCCGAUGCACUUAUUCUCAAUCCGAAUAUUCCACUGUCCAUUUUUCUGCCACCUCCAGAUCUACCUCACAUACACUUUGUCGGCAACAAAGACUGGAAUGGUCUCAACAAUGGGGUUUUCUUCAUACGUGUCCAUCCGUGGACCGUCAGCAUGUUGACAUCAGCCAUGUCCUUCCCGAUCUGUCACGAAGACGUCAAUUUGGGUCACAACGUCGAGCAAGAAGCCAUGAGAUUGACAUUCGAGCGCGAGAACGGGGGCAAAGACGACAAGGGCUGGCGGAGUGGCAUUGUCUUUAUGCCUCGCAAAUGGUUCAACGCGUACGACCUCUUCCAGGACGAGAUUCAAGGCAGUGAUUACUACAACGAGGUUAUCAACAAGACAAUCUCAUCGUAUCCGGGCUUGAAUAUGACACACAGGUACGAAGGUAUGCGUGGAAGCAUGCUAGCCCAUUUCCCCGGUAUCAAUGGCAAUCGCAUGACACAGACAUGGGAUCGCGACGUCAAGGCCAAUGGGACCUCGCUGUGGACUCUGCCUGUCCAUGAGACUUCCUUGCUCAACGAGACCACCGCGUUCUGGAGUCGCUAUCGUGCGGCUCUGGAGCUCUCGCUUCAAGCCACGUCAUCUGGUGCUCAUGACAUUAGUCUUGUCAAGUCUGCUUUGGAUCUUAGAAUUGCUCUGGCAGAUCAUAUGGAUGAGCCAAAGAUCGUUGACGAGAAGAUUCAGCAUUUGGAAGCUUUAAUG